AUGUACCAGAGCCUGGCCAUGGCCGCCAACCACGGUCCCCCUCCGGGGCCCUACGAGGCGGGCGGCCCGGGCGCCUUCAUGCACGGCGCGGGCGCCGCGUCCUCGCCGGUCUACGUGCCCACGCCGCGGGUGCCCUCCUCCGUGCUCGGCCUGUCCUACCUCCAGGGCGGAGGCGGGGGCACCGUGUCCGGGGCCGCCUCGGGCGGCAGCUCAGGGGCCGCGCCGUCGGGCGCAGGGCCCGGGACCCAGCAGGGCAGCCCGGGCUGGAGCCAGGCGGGAGCCGAGGGAGCCGCCUACACCCCGCCGCCCGUGUCGCCGCGCUUCUCCUUCCCGGGCACCACCGGGUCCCUGGCCGCUGCCGCCGCCGCCGCUGCGGCCCGGGAAGCCGCGGCCUACAGCAGUGGCGGCGGGGCGGCGGGCGCCGGCCUGGCGGGCCGCGAGCAGUACGGGCGAGCCGGCUUCGCGGGCUCCUACUCCAGCCCCUACCCCGCCUACAUGGCCGACGUGGGCGCGUCCUGGGCCGCGGCCGCCGCCGCCUCCGCCGGUCCCUUCGACAGCCCGGUUCUGCACAGCCUGCCCGGCCGGGCCAACCCUGCGGCCCGACACCCCAAUCUCGUAGAUAUGUUUGACGACUUCUCGGAAGGCAGAGAGUGUGUCAACUGCGGGGCCAUGUCCACCCCGCUGUGGCGGCGGGAUGGGACGGGACACUACCUGUGCAACGCCUGCGGCCUCUACCACAAGAUGAACGGCAUCAACCGGCCCCUCAUCAAGCCCCAGCGCCGCCUGUCCGCCUCCCGCCGAGUGGGCCUCUCCUGCGCCAACUGCCAGACUACCACCACCACUCUGUGGCGCCGCAACGCCGAGGGCGAGCCCGUGUGCAACGCCUGCGGCCUCUACAUGAAGCUCCACGGCGUCCCCAGGCCUCUUGCGAUGCGGAAAGAGGGGAUUCAAACCAGAAAACGGAAGCCCAAGAACCUUAACAAAUCGAAGACGCCAGCAGGUCCCUCGGGCAGUGAGAGCCUCCCUCCCACCACCAGCGCUUCCAGCAGCAGCGCGGAAGAGAUGCGUCCCAUCAAGACAGAGCCUGGGCUGUCAUCCCACUAUGGGCACGGCAGCUCCCUGUCGCAGACGUUCUCGGUCAGCGCGAUGUCUGGCCACGGGUCCUCCAUCCACCCGGUCCUCUCGGCCCUGAAGCUCUCUCCGCAAGGUUACGCGUCUUCUGUCAGCCAGUCACCGCAGGCCAGCUCCAAGCAGGACCCUUGGAACAGCCUGGCCUUGGCUGACAGUCACGGGGACAUAAUCACUGCAUAA